AUGGCAGCCCCACAGAAAGGAGACCUGUCCGCGGCCGAGAGGAAGCUGCUGCAGGUCAUCGCCGCUGGUGACGCCCAGGAGGUCGCACAGCUGCUGGCCAUCAACGAAGUGAGAAUAAACUGCUUAGAUGAGAACGGCAUGACUCCGCUGAUGCACGCGGCCUACAAGGGGAAGGCCGACAUGUGCCGCCUGCUCCUGCAGCACGGCGCCGACGUCAACUGUAACCAGCACGAGUACGGCUACACCGCCCUCAUGUUCGCCGGCCUCUCAGGGAAGACGGAGAUCACCUCCCUGAUGCUGGACGCAGGAGCAGAGAUUGACCAGGUCAACUCUGUGGGGCGGACUGCGGCGCAAAUGGCUGCGUUUGUGGGUCAGCACGACUGUGUGACCCUCAUCAACAACUUCUUCUCGAGGGCUCGGCUGGAGUAUUACACCAGGCCCCAGGGGACGGACGCCGAGCCGCUGCUGCCCCCUCGACUGGCCGGCCCUCUGCACAAGAUCAUCAUGACCACCAACCUCAACCCGGUCAAGAUCGUGCUGCUGGUUAAGGAGGAGCCCGCCCUGGUGGACCCCUGCGCUCUGCUAAAGUGCUCGCGGGUCAUGGAGCUGCUGUGUGAGCAGUGUGUGCACCAGCAGGACAUGAACGAGGUGCUGGCCAUGAAGAUGCACUACCUGAGCUGUGUGCUGCAGAAGUGCCUGUCCUGCCUGCAGAACAGAGAGGACCGCCUGGACUCCCUGCUCAGGAGCCUCCUGAAGGGCAGAGACAGCGAUGGCUUCCCUCAGUACCAGGAGAAGUUCAUCAGAGACUGUAUCCGGAAGUUCCCCUACUGUGAGAGCAACCUGCUACAGGAGCUGGUGAGGAGCAUAGCACCGGUACAGAUCGGAAACGACCCCACAGCCUUCGCUGUGCUGAGCCAGGCCCUGACCGGACAGAUGGCGUUUGUGGAAGGAGACUACUGUGUGACGUGUGGAGAGAAGGGAGCGGACAAGAGAUGUUCCCUCUGUAAAGCAGUGGUGUACUGCAGCCUGGUGUGUCAGAAGCUUCACUGGUUCACCCAUAAGAAGAUGUGUGGAUCCAUGCAGGACCCAGAGACCAAGGCACAAGACACCCCCAGGCUAAAGGAGCUCAAAGACGACGAGAGCGACCUGGUGUUUGAAACCGCCAACUUCCUGCAGGAGCUGUGUAUGCGCGCGGAGGAGACCGUGGCAGCUGCGGGGGGCUGUCCUCUGGAGAUGCUGAGCCGGCCCUCCACCUCCGCUCAGGGGCAUCCCGGCCCCAGGACUGAUCCCUGA